CCCCCGAAAACCCACCAAUCUCGACCGUCCAAUGAGGCAGAACGAUCUGUGCUCUCGCCAGCACACGUGCACUCCAGCUUUUGGCUACCCCGAACCUCUCUGAACAUCUUUUUCAGCUUCGAUGGUGCAUGGAAUUCUCCUCCAACAACAACAAGAAGGACCAACCACAGGAGAGAGAGAGAGAGUCAAUAGUGCGUUUGCUUUGAUUGUUCUUCGCAUAAGGCCCGUGCCCGUUCGUCGCCAUCAUUAGCGACCCACUCCCCUUCAAAGGUUUGAAUUGUUCUCUUCACCGAUUUUUUGAACAUUCAAGAGAGGGACGUGAUGUGAGAACCGAGGGUAAAAGGGUAUAGGAUUUGGAGGGCCUGUCCAUUGGUGGGUCUGGAUCGUGUACUUUGGGAGAAAAAGAACCAGUCACGCUUCGUUCUUUAUGUGGACAAAAGUUGCGAACUUUCUCAACUUGCUGAAAUCAUCCGGCACAUCAGAUAUGAGCUUCUUGAUCUGGAACUGAAAUUUCCUCUGCUUUUCUGCUUCAUCUUUCUCACCACAACUUGAGGCUUCUUCUGGUCGAAGGGGAUGGGCAAAGAACGCGGAACGCAGCAUUUUCUGGAGAUCUGAGGGGAAAUGAAUCGGAAGAUGGACUUUGUGUGCAAGUAUUGCAACAAGAGGUACCCGUGUGGGAGAUCUCUAGGCGGUCAUUUGAGCUCACAUAAGAUAGUGGAUGGUCUCGCUGGAGAAGAUGGUCGACAUUGUAAUGAUCAUGGGGGCAAGGAGUUUCGAGCCGAGGGGAACUCUGGCCACUGCCUCCGUGAGAACCAGAAAGAAACGAGGUCGUUCGAGGAUUUGGGCAGUAAAUUGCGCGUAGGGAAUGUGUGUAGAGAGUGUGGCAAAGGGUUUCAGUCAUUGAAAGCUCUUUGCGGUCAUAUGGCUUGUCAUUCCGAGAAAGAAAAGGGGACCAAUCACAGAAAGGAUGAGUUGGAGUACAGUGAGAAGCAGAUCCUAGAAAUGGAUGUAGUCCCCGAUUCAGAGGCGUCAGCUCAAAUUCAGUGCAGGAGAUCAAAAAGAAUCAAGUGUAGAGUUCCUGAGAAGAUCUUAGUCAGCGGUUCAUCUGCUGUUUCUGAAAUCGGACAAGAACAGGAAGAGGUGGCAAAAUGUUUGAUGAUGUUAUCCAGGGAUACUAGUCAUUUUAAGGGUGCUUGUACUUGGAUCCGAGAUGGUUCAAAUCACAAUUCAGAUCCUUUUGAAGCUAAAUCAUUGUCGAGUGAUGUAAGAAGUGGGAAAUCGGUUGAGAUUGAUGUUUCUAACAGUUACUGUUCUGGAUAUGUUAGAAUUGGAGUGAAAAGGACGGAAUCUGAUCGUUCUGUCGACGACAGUAUCAGCAUUCGUGAGCUUAAGAAUCAUAAAUUAGUCUGCGGAUCUAAAGCUAGCGAAGAUGGUGUUGAAUGGAGGAAAUUGUUGAACAGAAUCAAACACGAAGCUGAAGGAGUAGAAGGCACCAUAAGGGAAGCAUUAGAUGUUUCAAAAAAGAGAGUCGAAAAUGAUAUGCAAAGAUCAUUCAGUGACUGGAAAAAUGGAUCUGUGAUCGGCGAGAAGAUCUUCGACUCUCCCAUGAAACUUGCUAAGCACAAAGACUGCCACAAGAAGUUAAAGAUGAGUGCCUCGUCUGAAUAUGAGAGUAGCAAAGCCGGUGGUGAGAUUGAUACAUCUCACAAUCCUGCGAGAGUGAUUAGAGAUCAGGAGUUUUGCACUGGUGAAACCGCGACUCGAAAGGAGAAAAAGACAGGUACUAGGAAGAACAACAGGCACGAGUGCCCGAUCUGCUUCAGGGUCUUUCGGUCAGGCCAAGCUUUAGGAGGUCACAAGAGAUCGCACUUUUUAGCGGGGUCCAAAGACAAAGCGAUGGCGACACAGCAAGACGUUCAUAAGGUUCCUGCUUCAAUUGAUCUCAACCUUCCAGCUUGGGAAGAGGAAAAUGGCGAAGCCGGUUUAUUGUCAUGGUAAAGGUUGGUCUCUUGCAACAACCCUUGGGCAUGAAGUUGAGGACAUUCCAAUGUUCACCAGCCCAAUCGGGAGAAUCGUUCACUUUUCUUCCUUUUGCCCCAGAUUCAACUGUCCCAAGAUGAUCUAUAUUCUGCUUAUGAUUGUGAAGAGUUUCACCAGAGAAGAUCUCAAUCGGAAGUUCUCAAAUUAUUUUCUCAAUCCUUGCAAUUUCCCGAAAUGUCUCUAUAGAGACGAAAAAAGGAAUGUCAAAAAAGAAAACUUUGAUUCAUUUUGGAAUAGGUAGCUGGAUUAAGUGAUAGUUUUCUUAAUUUUACACUGAUUUGCUGCCCUGAUCACUGAAGAUCUCUUUUUGCCUGAUAAAUAAUAACUCUUGCUCUCAUAGCAAUGAUAUGCAUAUUCUUUGUCGCAAGCAUUUCCGACGAAGCCAUCUGCUUCAGAGGAAGAAGUUUAAAGUGUAUGAUAAAUGAGAAAAGCGGCAAGGGAAGUUUCCUUGGGCCUAGGCAGA